AUGAGGACACAAAUCCGAAAGCUGCUCCUCUCUCUGCUCACCAUCUCCUUCUUGGGGAAUCUGCUGACCAGUGUUACCUGGUACAAGACCAACAGCCACGUGAAAUCUCACCGACAACCUCCUCGGAAGAAAAGUGUCCCGGUGUCUUCACAGCAGUGUAAAAACAGCAGCAAACUCAUCACCAACAUAGCAAAACGUUAUGCUCAACCCUGGAAGAGGCAGAAAGGGAAUUACCAGAGGUUCAGCUCUCUGCUGAGCAGCAAGUGCCACGGGGCUGAAAAUGCCAUUGUUACCCAGAACAACACUCCGCUGGGAUCGCAGAUUAUCUACAGCGGGGAACCAAAGAGGACCAUUAAAGUGACACCAAAGUGGUUCAGUACCUUUCCAAAGGAGCAUCCUUUCUCCAAUAAGAAAUUUGACACUUGCUCCGUGGUGGGGAACGGUGGGAUCCUGAUCAACAGCAACUGUGGAAAACAAAUCGAUUCAUCUCAGUUUGUAAUCAGGUGCAACCUCGCACCUUUGGACCGUGAAUUGGAGAAAGAUGUCGGUAAGAAGACCAGCCUUGUGACAGCAAACCCAAGCAUCUUCGUCCUGAAGUUUCAUGCUCUCAGAAGUCGCCGUCGUCAGUUUGUGGAGAGUCUGCGCCGCUUUAAAGACUCCAUGCUGCUCAUGCCAACCUUCUCCUAUGCUUGGAACACUCAUCUGUGUCAGCGGGCCUUCCAAGCCAUCAAACACCUCAGUAGUCCCAUUAGACCCGUCUCUUUUAAUCCUCGGUAUCUGAGGAGUCUUUGGGUCUACUGGCGCUCCCUGGGCCUGAAGGAAGCCCGGCUCAGCACUGGCUUUAUGAUGGUUAAUCUGGCGCUGGAACUGUGCAACAGCGUGGAUCUGUAUGGAUUCUGGCCUUUCAGUGUCCACCCUCAGGACUGCCACCACCUGACGAACCACUACUACGAUAACAUGCCGGUUCGAAAGAGACUUCACGCCAUGCCAGCCGAGUUCAAGCGCCUGCUGAAGCUGCACAGUCUGGGCAUCCUCAGGAUUCACCUGGGAGAUUGUGGGCAGUGA